AUGGCUUCCGCUUCUCAAGUAAAAGAUCCCAAUCGGACAGAAGUAGUCUCAGCUUUUAUUUGGAAAGAAUUCAUGGAGGGAGUUGAAGAGACUUAUACUAUGAUUAAGCCAGAUGGAGUUCAACGUGGCCCUAUAGAAAUAGUUUCUUCAGAGCUUAUCAAACCAUCAUCUCCUACCCCUUCUGAAUCAAGGGAUUUUAAACUUUCGGUGAUCGAUGAAAGGAUUCCGCCUUCUUAUAUUCCUCUGGUUCUUUACUAUUCUUGCGAAGAAAGCGCAAAUAUGAAACAACCUGAAAUUUUAGAUUGUCUGAAGAAGUCAUUGUCAGAUGCUUUGGUUCAAUUCUAUCCUCUGGCUGGAAGAAUGGGUGGUCAGAUAUCAGUCAAUUGUAACGACGAGGGAGCGUUGUACUUGGAAGCUAAAGUCGAUAGCAAGAUUUCGGACGUCAUAGAAUUCCCUGAAGUGGAGUUGCUGGAAAAGCUUAUUCCGUACCAAUAUAAUGGCAGCCUCACAAAUGCAGAAGAAUUGAUAGCCAUACAGGUUAGCUUAUUCAGCUGUGGUGGUAUCAGUAUUGGAAUCUGCAUUUCCCACAGAAUUGCUGAUGGAUGGACACUCUGUUCAUUCAUCAAAGGUUGGUCUUCAAUGGCUUGCACCAAAUGCGAGAUUGUACGUCCUGUUUUCAACUCUUCGUCGCUAUUUCCACCACGAAACACGCCUGAUUUCAAGCCGAAUAUCAAAAGUUUAGCAAUCCAGCCUCCAGUUAUUCACCUUGUUACUAAAAGAUUUGUUUUCAGUGAAUCUGUAAUUAAUGCUCUCAAAUCGCAAGUGAUCAACAAUUCUUCCAUCAUAAACCCGACUCGAGUUGAGGUUGUAUCUGCAUUUCUAUGGAAGGCGUGCAUUGUCGCGAGAAGGAUUGAGAAAUCAGGAAAAUCUGUGGCUUUCCAUCCGGUGAAUCUGAGGGGACGAGUUCCAGCAUUGACAGAUGAUUCAUUUGGUAAUAUUUUUCAGAUGACGAGCGCUGUUAAUUCCGAGGAGACGGAUUGGAUUCACUUGGUCGAGAAAUUGAGGGCCGCAUUCAGGAAAAUUAGCAGUGAUUUCAUAAAUGAAUUGCUCGGCGAAAAUGGAUAUGAACUUGUGAAGAAUAAUUUCAUGCAGAUCAGUAAAUUAUUAGGCCAAGGGGAUUGUGAAAUUUUCAGAUUUAACAGUUAUUGCAGGUUCCCACUCUAUGAAACUGAUUUUGGCUGGGGAACACCUAAUUGGGUUAGUGCAAGUUUUUCAAACAGGAAUUCAAUUUUCAUGUUGGAUUCAAAAUCAUCUAGCGGGAUUGAAGCAUGGAUUGUCAUGACUGAAGAUGAUAUGAAAAAGCUUGAACAAGAGAUAUCCAUAAGCUCCAAGCUUUUGGCUAAUUCAUCUCGUUCAGUCGACGAAAUAUAUGAUAUAAGAUCGGUUUAA